AUUCUGUGCAAUAACGAAACGUUUCGCCAUCACAAAAUUUGACGUAUAUUUACUUGACAUUUCUUAAUUUGCUAAAUGUUCAAUUUCGUCAAUACUUUCGUGUAUUAUUGUUACUGAAUUUUGUUAAUAAACGUGAAACAUGUUUUAAUCUUGGACCAUCUUGGCACAAUUAUAUUAUCUUGAAUUACACACAGUUGAUACAAGAUGUCCGAGAAGCUUACACUGGGGCAGCGGGUGAAGGUGGUGGGCAAGGACGUGAAGGGCUCCGUGGCGUACGUGGGGCACCCCACCUUCGCCACCGGCAAGUGGAUCGGGGUCAUACUGGACGAGCCUAAAGGGAAGAACAACGGGACCAUCCGGGGACACGCUUACUUCACUUGCGAUGAGAACUAUGGCGUAUUCGUCCGCCAGACUCAAAUCCAGCUGCUCGACGGCGAGGACAACCCCAUGGAGACCUCCGCGACCUCCGCGGACGAGCCCCGCGCCCCCGCCGCCAACCGCCGGCUCAGCAGUAUUACAGUGGCCCAGCGAUCUAGACCCACCACGGUGCGCCGAAAGACGGCGCCGGCGGCGAAGGGCACUCUCUCGAUGUCGAGUUCGCGAACGUCACUGGCGAGCAGUCGGCAGUCGCUGACGUCGUACGCUUCGCCGACGGCCGAAAGAGCCGCGUCGCCCGACCAGGCGGCGAAGCGAGCUUCAUUCGUCGAGACCGGGUUCGUGGAGACGCUGACGCCGCAGUACACGCCGGGACAGAGCAUCACGUCGCCCGCGCCGACGCCGCACGCGGAGGACCGGCUGGCCAACCUGCACGCGCAGCAGGAGAUAACCCAACUCAAAUCCGAAGUAGAAGACCUAAAGGAAAAGCUGGAAACCCUGCGCGUGAAGCGAGCCGAGGACCGAGAGCGCCUGCGCGAGUUAGAGCGAGUGCGACUGCAGUUAGAGCAGGCCAACGAGUUCAAAGCGCGCAUCAUGGAGUCGCAGGCGCAGCUGCAGAGGGACUUGCAGAGGGCGAAGCAAGAGGUCCGCGAGGCCCAGGAGGCCCUGGACAACCAUAACGACGAGACGGCGGAACUGCAGGAGGCGGCCGAGAUGGCGGCACUCGACAAGGAAAUGGCUGAAGAGCGCGCCGAGGCCCUUCAACUGGAGCUCGAGUCCUGCCGCGAGAAGUUGGAAGAAGCUACAUUGGACCUGCAGCUCAUGCGCGCCGAAAUGGAGGCCUCGGGGAACACCCAGCACCCGUACGCAGCCACCGACGACCGCGCCGCCACCGGAUACGAGAUGCGGCAGCUGCAGCAACAGAACGCGCGGCUCAGGGAGACCCUGGUGCGGCUGCGGGACCUCAGCGCGCACGACAAGCACGCCAUGCAGAAGAUGAACAAGGACAUAGAACAAUACAAAUCCGAGAUAGCGGAACUGUCUCGCACCAAGGAGAAGCUGUCCACCAGGGUUGAGGAGUUGGAAGCCCAGGUCGCAGACCUUCGGGAACAGGUGGACGCAGCACUUGGUGCUGAGGAGAUGGUGGAACAGCUGGCUGAGAAGAAGAUGGCGUUGGAAGACCAGGUGGAACAACUCAAACAAGACGUGGCCGAGCUGGAAGCUCUUCAAGAGGUCCACGAACAGCUGGUGGAGUCCAACCGAGAGCUGGAGCAAGACCUGCGUGAGGAGUUGGAGAUGGCCCAGAGCGCCACUAGAGAGGUGGUCCGCGAACGCGAGGCAGCGUUUGAGACCAUCAUGGACCGUGACUCCACGAUUCUCAAGUUCAGAGAACUGGUGCAGAAGAUGACUGAACAGUAUAAUGAAAUAAGGAACCAGCUGGAGUCUAAACAAGGUUCCCCAGCGCCCUCCUCCGAGCAGGACACCCCCGAGCCCUCCCGUUCGCCCCCCGUGGAGCUGGGUUCGCUCGUGCACCUCUCCCGCGCCUCCACGCGCUCCGUGGACCUGCAGCUGCGCGCGCUGGAGCUGGCGCAGGCGCGCGCACGCGCAGACAUGCUGGCCGCGUGUCUGCCCGACCACUUCAUGCAGCCGGCGGGUGACCACGACGCCAUCUUACUGAUUCUGCUGCUGCAGCGGCUCACCACCAAGGCGGACAUAAUUCUGGGCCAGAUCAGGGAACGGUUCCCGGCUGUCAACGUGUGGGACAGAGAGGCGGUGACAAAGACGCACACCGCCGUGCAGUACAGCUUCAGAUGCCAACUCGAAUACCAGCUGCACAUGAUACAGUGUAUAGUAUCGAUGUGGGUGUGGACCCUGGACUCAUGCAAGCCAGAACUGCUGCUGAAAGCUGCCAGCGCCCUCCCAGACGCGAGCCAGCAGGAGAAGGCGCUCGACGGCGCGCUGCAGCUGCUGAAGACCAACGAGCUGGAUGAAAACGUGGGGCUCGACGGUAUCGAGCGCUGCUGGACGUACCUGUCCGCCAUGUGGUCAGCGCUCGGCCUCUCGGCGCUGGAGCCGGAGUAUCCGCGCGAGGCCGUCGCGCACGCGUGCUGCGCGCUCGACGCGCUCGCUAGAGCGCUACACGCUGACGCUAGCGCCCUACAACAGACAUUACUGCAAGCCGAGCACGGGCUAGAGUUAGGGCAGCUCCACACGCACAUGAUCGCGACGGCGGCCGCCCUGCAGCACGCCCUCAAGGGAGCUAGGCGCCGCCUGCCGCCCGCGCCGCAAGCACCCGUGCCGCUACCCGUGCAGUUGAUCGAGAAGCUCCGCUGCUCGGCGGCGGCCACGCUGUCCCGCUGCGCGCGCGCGUCGUGCCUGGCGGCGCGCGCGGCGUGCGCGUGCGCGGCCACCGCGGGGGACCGGGGCGACGGCGCGCCGCUGCCGCACCAAGUGCUGCUCAACGUGUGGACGCAGGCCACCAACAAGACUUACCAGCAGGACGACCACGGGCCAGUACGCACGAUCAAGCACGCCCUAGCGGCUGUGAGCGCUGACGUCAACAAACUGGCAACCAUGGCUGCCGAGAAGGAGUAUGACAUGAUGUCACUGACUAACGUGGCAGACAAGCCGACUCCGCCCGUGGUGCUGCGCGCGCAGCUCGUCAAGAAGCAGCUGGAAGAGACCAAGACCUUGACCAUCAAGCUUGAGAACAAGGAGGCUGACAUUAAGGAACUCAGGAAGGCGCUCAAGGCGAAGCAAGAGGAGCUAUCAGAGAUGCAGAUCCGUCGCGAGCUCGGCGAGCGUAAGCUGACGUCGGCGGCGCGCGACGCCGAGCUGAAGGCCGAGCAGCUAGCUCGCAAACUCGACGACGCCAACAACCAACUCAAACGGAAAGAAAAGGAGUUCGAAGAGACGAUGGACCAUCUACAACAAGACAUCGACUCGCUGGAGAGCGAGCGAGGCGCGCUGCGAGACAAACUCAAACUGUACGCCAAGCGAGGCGGGCAGCACCACGCGGUGGCGCCUCCGGCGGUCGUCUCCAGAGACUACUCACAAGAGACGCCGGUGAAGGUGGCGCCGGGCGGGGCCGCGGGGGAGGUCAACGAAGCCCUGCAACAGCAGCUGAAGGUGCUUAGCUGGACAUUGGAGCGCGAGCGAGCGGCGCGCGUGGCCGCGUGCCGGCGCGCCGAGACCGUGGCGGCGCGCGCGCUGCGACCUCUGGACAAUCCCGGAGCUCCCGCCGCCGUGGCGCGCCGCCGGGCCGCCGCCGCGCUGCAGGCCAGGCUCGACGCCUUGCAAUCGGAAUGGACGCUAUUCGUGGCUCGCUCGGGGCUCGUCAAGUUCCCCGAGGACCCGAGCAAGUACGCCAAGACGUUGGAACAGCAUAAGGAGAAGCAGAGAGAGAUGAGGAGACAGCUAGAGGAGCGUCUGAUCGCCCUCCAAAACGAGGUCCGCGAGCAGCUGCUGCUGCACCGGCCGUGGCGCUGCGUGGAGGCCGCGCUGGCCACGUUCCCCGCUCCGGACCUGACUGGAGCCCGGGCGCCGCGCGCGGUGCCUGUCGGAGCCCUGCGCUACCCCGCGCCUACUAAUACUGAACACACCGUGUAUGUCACACCGAGCCAGCUCGCCACUCUAAGGGAGCUGGUGGCCGAACUGAAAUCCGACGACGUGAAACUGGAACUCAAGCCGCUCGACACCACGGUCUGCGCUGCAUAGACUUCUAACAACACGUAAUAUUACGUAAAACUCUGCGUAGGGGGCGCCACAAGCGCAAUUAAACGGUCUACCGCGAAACACGAAAAUCGAAAGUUAUUGGAGUCCAGGGCUAUAACCGCGAAAAUCAAAGUUCGCAAAUUGCGGGGAUUUUCUCUGUCACUCUAAUUACGCCUGUGUGUGUGUGGACGCUUGAAGAGAUUGGCGUCAAUUAUUUUCCUGAUCAAAUCGGUCGAUUUGCCCAGCUCGUCUGGAUACGGCUUUAGGUUUCUGCCUCUCUAUCACUCUUGCUUAUUCGAUCGAUAGAGGCAGAUAACGAAAUUUGAUUUUCGUGUUUCCAGGUAGGCCCUUGUUAACAAACCGCCUUGAUGCAUCAAUGUUAUUGUGAAAACUUGUCAAAUAACUGUUUAAGGCCUAGUAUGUAUAAGUUACUCUAUGGUUUAUAUAUACAAAUAGUGCUGCACUCUGGCGGCAGAACUUUGCUCCCCCCUCCCCUCCGCCUCCCCCUACCCCCUACCCACUAUUAGUACAGUUGUAGUACUGUCAUCAGCAAUAGUAUCUUACACAACUAGGGCCGCAAAAAUAUAUGACGCGCUCUUAUUGCGCUCCAAAUAAGAACGUGUCAUAUAUUUUUGCGGCCCUAGUUGUGUAAGAUACUAUUGCUGAUGACUGUACAUAAUUGUUUUCCAUCGUAUUUUCACGGAAACGUACGAACGUGUCUUGCUAUUUGAGUCAGUCUCGGUACAAAAAGUACUGACGUUGACUGAAGUAGCGUGACAAAUACGAACGUUUCCGAGAAAAUACGAUGGAAGACAAUUACGCACUGCAACUGUAAAAAAGGUUAUCAUUUCCAUACAAAUCUGACAGCUAUUUAUAUUCUGUCUUUUAUUUGAAUAAGUAUAUUAGCGAUUAUCCGAUCUCUAACUUAUAGAGAUUUUACGCGAUAUGUCCAUACGAAACUCGAAGACAUAAAACUAGACGAAUUUUGAUUUUCCCCGUGAAAAUCUUAUUGUAAAUCGAAUUUUAGUUAUAGGAAAUUCGUUGACUCGACCUGCUACUCGGUAGCUUAGUUGUGUGUUGCGCUUGGUGGAUAUUUAUUUAUUUAUUAACGUACGCUUCAAAUAAAUUUUAGCAAUGUAAGUAUAAAAGACAUUAUGAAAGAAUUUAUUUACUUUAAUAUGGCAACUAUAUGUGACGUCCCACGGGUAAAGGUACCUUAUGGCAGUUGGCACUUAAGCUAUUAUUAACGCCGCUCCAAUAUUAUUGCGGCGCUAUGCGACGUAAGCGCCAGCCGCCAUAAGGUACCUUUUGCCGUGGAACGCCACAUAUAAAUAACACUGAGAUUACAAAAUUUUAAAUACUUAUAUGAAUGAUGUGUUUGAUGUUACACUUAUUGUAUGUUCAGUGUUUGUAUGUAUGUUGAACAGAUGACCUUGAAAAUCACUGUGCAGCCGCAGAUACAUCGGAGCUGCCAUGCCGCUCACAUAUAUCUGAGCACGCCUGUAUUCUCAAGGCGUUAAAGUGCUCGUUCAGAUAUUUUCGACCACCUUGGCUGCUCUAAUAUAUCUGAAGGCGACUGUACCUAAAUGUUAAUAGUUCGAUUUAAUGUACAUUUUGCAAUAUAUAAUAUUUAUCAAAAAACUUCAGUGUCUAGACCAGGGACGUUGCGAAUAUUCGCAUCCGCAUCCGCAAUCGCGGACCUUCCGCAUUACUUUCAAAAUCCGCAACCGUAUCCGCAUGAAAUCGAUGCGGAACUACAAAUAUGGAUAUAACCUGGAAAGUGAUAUAAAAUGAUUGUUAUGUUAUAAUAGUUAUUUGUUUCACUCGGGGGCAAAGUCGUUGUUUAACCGCUCGUGCUAAUAUUGAUACCCGAGCCAGCGAAAGAUUCCAAAAUUGAACCACGAGCGUAGCGAGUGGUUCGAAAAAUGGAAUCUUGAGCGUUGCGAGGGUUUCAAAGCACGAGGGUUAAACAAAAUUUGCCCCCGAGUGAAACACAAAAUUUUUCACCACACCAACCUGAAGCAAAUAUUAAAUGUGAUAUAUCAAACAAAAUCAAACCAAAUUAAAUCCAAAUGAAUGUUAUUAAGUAUGUAUCAUCCCAAAUCAUCAUUCAAAAGUCAAUUCUACCAGCAAACA